AUGAAGAUUUUACAGAGCUUGCUCCUUUUGGGGCUGUCCCUCGGGGCGACCCAGGCCAUGGAGAUCAAGCUGUUGACGCUCGAUGUCGCAGGGAUGUACGACAAGAAGACCUGGGGAGGCCCAGUCGAUCCUUUUAUCCUGCUCAAGUACAUUGCUCAGGACGGCCUCGCCGACGAUGCCUCAACGGCCAGCAUGCUCCUCUUUGAAUGGGCUGAUAAGGACCUCGUUGGCCUCGCCGACCCAGACGCCCUGGUAAAUGUCCUCGCAAUCUGUACACCAGAAUACGUCGAACAGGGCCUGUGCAACAACAAGCAGGUCGGCCAGUUCAUCACCUCGGCAAACGCCACCGACGCAUCCAAGGCCGACAUCGUCACUGCCGCCAUCAACCUCAAGGAGCCCGAAGUCGUCAAGUACCCCAUCAAGAAGACAGGAUACUACUGCCUCGUCACCAGCUCGUUUACCGCCAAAAAGUACACGGCCGUCGCAGAGUUCCGCAACGCCUUUGGCGAGCUGCCCGCCACCCAGAUCCCCAAGCUUCCCUUCUACGGUACUAUGUCCAUCGUCUACACUAUACUGGCCGGGUACUGGGGUUUCCGCUACUACCAGCACCGCCACGACAUCUUGGCUGUUCAAAACUACAUUACCGCUAUUCUCGGUUUCCUUGUUAUCGAGAUGAUCAUGACGUGGGGCUUCUUUGAGUAUCAAAACCGGCAUGGCGCCAAUAUCGGAUCCAAGGUCUUCCUCAUCAUCGUGGCCGUUCUCAACGCGGCCCGCAAUUCCUUCUCCUUCUUCCUGCUGCUUAUCGUGUGCAUGGGCUACGGAGUUGUCAAACCCACCCUCGGACGCACUAUGAUCUGGGUUCGUUGGCUCGCAGCAGCCCACUUCGUCUUUGGUCUCAUCUAUGCCGUCACGAGUCUCCUGGUGUCGCCUGAAAGUGCCGGACCCUUUGUCCUCUUCAUCGUCCUCCCCCUGGCCGGAACCCUUACGGCCUUUUACGUGUGGACGCUCAACUCGCUCAACGCAACGCUCAAGGAUCUCCGGGAACGCAAGCAGUGGGUUAAGGAGAGCAUGUACCGCAAGCUGUGGUGGGCCAUUCUCAUCAGCCUCCUUGUCAUCUUCGCCUUCUUCUUCUUCAACAGCUUUUCCUUCGCCUCUGUCGGCGACCCAGACUUUGUCCCCUUCCACUGGAAGACACGCUGGUUCGUCCUUGAUGGCUGGCUCAACAUUGUCUACUUUGCCGACGUCGCCUGGAUUGCCUACAUCUGGCGCCCCACCAUAAACAACCGCCGAUUUGCCAUGAGUGACGAGAUUGCCCAGGACGACGAUGGCAACUUUGAAAUUGGCGACAUCGGCAUGCCCGACGACUGGGAUGACGAGGAGGCCCAGACUGGAAAGAACAACAACAACAACAACAACAACGACACGAAGCCCGACGGCACCACCGCCGGUGCCACUGUCGUCACCUCGACCCAGGACAGGGCCGGCGCUGCCUCCUCGUCAUCCCAGCCUGGCACCGCCGACUACAGGGCUUUCCCUAGGGAAUCCAUGGAGGGAGAAACGCUUUUCUCCGUCGGCGAGGACGGCGAUAGAUUUUCCGACGACGGGACUGACGAGGACGACAAGCUGGUCAAGUCAAAAUAA